AUGGUACGUAUAACACCGCCGUGCACUCCCAAACGCAACGCCGGCAGCGGAGGAAGUUCAUUCAAGAAACUAGCCACACCGGCAAUACGACCCUUCACUUCUUUUUGGUCUCUAUGCGCGAACCAUGUCAGCCGGGCCGCCAAGAAGAUGGCUGCCGGUUCGCCAAAGUCGCCGUUGACUAAGCCGAAGCAACUUCUAAUAACUGUGAGCAACAAGGCGAUGAAAUUCCGGCGCAAGAAAAAUUCCGGCGACAAGUUUGGUGGAGAUGAUGAUGAUAUUACGUUCGGAGAUGAAGGGCUGUGGCAGAGGACUAUAUUGAUGGGAGAUAAAUGUGAGCCGUUGGAUUUCUCUGGCGUAAUUUAUUAUGAUUGCGAUGGAAAAAGGCUGCCAGAGGCUCCCGGGAAAUCCCCUCGUGCUAGCCCCUUGCUGAGAUAUGCUUACGUGUCGCCGGAGAAGUGA